UAAUCAUGGAAACAAAACCAAGAAAAAAGAAUUAAUCUUUUUUGUCAAAAAAUAAAAAUUAGAGCAGGCCAUCACUGUCUGUUGUUUAGUCUUCACUUGAAGGGUGAGGUAGAGAGAGAAAGAGAGAAAGAGAGAGAUAAUUAGAGAGAGAAACAGUAGAGAGAAAGAGGAGAGAGAAACAGGUGAAAACACAAAGAGAUGAUGGAGCUUUGGAGGCUCCUAAUAAUCAGCAUUUUGGUGUUAAGUCCAAGCUCCAUUAAUGGUGAUACAGAUCAAGCAGAUGCCUCUGCUCUCAAUGGCAUGUUCACCAGCAUGAAUAAUCCUGCACAACUCACUGGAUGGACCGCUAGUGGCGGUGAUCCUUGUGGUCAGUCAUGGAAGGGUGUUACUUGCUCAGGCUCAAGGGUGACACAAAUAAAAUUACCGAACCUUGGACUUACUGGGUCUCUAGGUUACCAGCUUCAGAGUCUGACAUCCUUGACUGAUUUUGACUUGAGCCAUAACAAUUUUGGAGGCUCAUUAACUUAUAACCUUCCUCCUAAUUUGCAGCGAUUAAAUCUUGCUAAUUGUAGCUUCAAUGGACAGAUACCCUAUUCAAUUUCUCUUAUGAAACCUCUGGAGCAUCUAGACCUCAGCCACAAUCAAUUUAAUGGACAACUGACUGUAGAUUAUUCACAGCUUCCUUCGCUCUCCACAAUGGAUCUCUCAAGCAAUGCUCUCACAGGCGAACUUCCACAAACAAUGAGUUCUUUGACCAGUUUAAACACCUUGUACUUGCAAAAUAACCAGUUCACAGGCACAAUUGAUGUACUAGGAACUCUACCUCUCCAGAAUUUGAAUGUUGCCAACAACCAGUUUAGUGGAUGGAUUCCAAAGCAGUUACAAAACAUUAACCUGCAGAAGGGCGGUAACUCAUGGAACUCAGGGCCUGCACCCCCAGCUCCACCUGGAUCACAAAACAAUCAUCAUAAGUCUGGGAAUCAUGAAAAGUCAUCAGAUAGUUCUAGCUCAGGGAAUGGGAAAUCUGGUUUAAGUGCUGGUGCUAUAGUUGGAAUCAUUAUGGCUAUUCUUCUGGUUGUAGCAGUAGUGGGAUUUUUCUUAUUUAAGAGAAGAAUACGGAGGCCAUCCCCUGACUUGGAGAAGGUUGACAUUAAUAAGCCUUUUGUUGCCCCUGCUUCAGAUGAUGUGCAAGGUAAGCCUGAGUACGCGGAGUUAAAGUCAGUUCACUCUUCAUCCUCAAUCAACACGCUGACGCUUGACACAGCUCCCAUAGUUACUCUUAAACCACCUCCAUUGGAUCGCAACAAAUCAUUUGAUGACGAAGACUACUCAAAGAAGCCUGUUGUCACCAAAAUUCCUACACCAGUGCCCAACAAUGUGAAAUCAUAUUCUAUAGCAGAUUUGCAAAUGGCCACCGGCAGUUUCAGUGUUGAGAAUCUUAUUGGGGAGGGGUCUAUUGGUCGUGUAUACCGUGCACAAUUUGAUGAUGGGAAGGUUCUUGCUGUGAAAAAGAUAGACUCAUCUCUCCUAGCCAACCAUCCAGGAGAUUUCACUGAGAUUGUUGCCAGCAUUUCCAAAUUACAUCAUCCAAAUGUGACUGAGCUUGUUGGCUAUUGUUCGGAACAUGGACAGCACUUGCUAAUUUAUGAGUUCCAUAAGAAUGGCUCACUACAUGAAUUUUUACAUCUAGAUGACGAAUAUAGUAAACCAUUGACAUGGAAUACCCGUGUUAAAAUUGCUUUGGGGAGUGCACGUGCUCUUGAGUACCUACACGAAGUUUGCUCCCCUUCUGUUGUUCAUCAAAACUUUAAGUCAGAGAAUAUAUUACUUGAUACAGAGCUUAAUCCUCAUCUUUCGGACUGUGGACUGGCAAGCCUCCAUCCAAAUGGAAAUCAGGCAAUCAACCAUAAUGCUUGUGCGCCGGAAGUUGCUGAUUCUGGUCAGUAUACUUUGAAGAGUGAUGUCUACAGUUUUGGGGUGGUCAUGUUAGAGCUUCUUUCCGGACGAAAACCAUUUGAUAGCUCAUUCCCGAGGGCUGAACAGUCAUUGGUUAGGUGGGCAACACCUCAGCUUCAUGACAUCGAUGCUUUAACUAAAAUGGUGGAUCCCGCUUUAGAAGGCCUCUACCCUGUGAAAUCUUUGUCACGCUUUGCUGAUGUUAUCGCUCUUUGCGUUCAGCCUGAGCCUGAGUUCCGACCACCAAUGUCAGAGGUGGUACAAGCUUUGGUUCGAUUGGUUCAACGAGCGAACAUGAGCAAGCGAACUGUCGGUAAUGCUGCUCGACAAUCGGAAAGUAUGGACGCAAAUGACAGUGUGAAUUAAAUGGCUGUAUAAUAUUUUUGUUCCUUUUGCCUGACCAGUAAAGUUAUUUAUAUCCUCUUUCUUCACCCUCAUAAUUUUUUCUCCUCCACAAUCUAGUUUCUUCUGCCUUCGCUUCGCAAAGUUUCAGAGUGCGGAUGCUCUCAUUUUUUUUGCCCAUUUAUCAUGUCACCUUAUUGUAUGAUAUAAUGUAUUGAAGGUGAGAAAGGUUUAAUAUACGGUAUUUAUGGUCGUUAA